CUGCAGCUCCGGUCUCUGUGGAAGUUGCAGGCGUCUCUCUCUUUCUCUCUUUUUCUCUCUCUCUCUCUUUCUCUCUGACGGCUGGAGGAAUUAUGAGCAGAGCUCUCCCCGCCUCUGACAGUCUCUCUUGAAUCAUUCUGUGUUUCCCAACCGAACCGAGCCGAGCAGAGGCGAGUAUGGAGACCGGACUCUGCAUCCUCCUGACUUUCCUCCUCCAGCUGAUCGUUCACGCAGGCGGCCAUGAUGGCGGCCAUGACGGCGGCGGCGGCCAUGGUGGCUGUGUCCCCGGCUUCCAGGUCAGAAACUACCAGCUGGUGUUGAGCGGACCGCUGCAGAAAGGCCAGCCGCUGCUGCAAGUGGAGUUCGAUGACUGCGCGGGGAACGAGGACGUGUCGUUCGAAGUGUCAGACCCCAGGUUCCACGUGGACCCGGACCUGAACCUGGUUCCCCAUCGGGACGUGGAGUCCUGCGGGCCGAUGCUGCUGGUCCGCGGCUUCGGAUCGCACGCAGACGACCGGGCGCAGGUGGACGUCUCCGGACUUCCUGCCCGGUCACAGAACACGUUCAGGGACGUUCUGGGCCUCAGCCAGAAGCGGUAUAACCGAUCGAAGAGAGCGCUCCUCGUCCCGCCGAUGAUCGUCACCGAGAACCAGAGGGCUCCGUUUCCCAGGCUCAUCGGCAAGGUCAUUUUGACGGAGAAGCCAGUGCACCAUAUCUUCCGACUGACAGGCCCCGGCGCUGACCAGUAUCCCAAAGGUCUUUUCACCAUUGACAUAGACACAGGAGACGUGUCAGUCAGCCGCUCACUGGACCGAGAGGCCAUCGACUCCUACCAGCUGGAGGUUUCCACCACAGACUUCUCUGGGAACGUCAUGGAGGGACCCGUCAUACUCGUCGUCACCGUCAUCGACCAGAACGACAACCGGCCCAUCUUCAAGGAGUCCCGCUACACAGGACAGGUGCUGGAGGGAUCGCCCACAGGAACCACGGUGAUGACCAUGACGGCGUUCGACGCCGACGACCCCAACACCGACAACGCCGUGCUGCGCUACAACAUCAUCAGGCAGUGGCCGGACAAACCUUCGCCCAACAUGUUCUACAUCGACGCAGAGAAAGGCGACAUCGUCACCGUCAUUUCUCCGUCGUUACUGGACCGGGAGACUCUCCCAACUACGACGUAUGAAUUAGAGAUCGUGGCCAAGGACAUGGCAGGAAGUGAGGUGGGCCUCACAGGAACAGCGACGGCCACCAUCACCAUCACGGACAAGAACGACCACGCCCCAGAGUUCACCCAUCCUCUGUUUGAGGCUCGUGUGCACGAAGGCUCCCGAGGCGUCGUGGUCAACCUGACGGUGGACGACCGGGACGACCCGGCCACCGGCGCCUGGCGAGCCACGUACUCCAUCAUCAGCGGAGAUCCCGAGCAGAGCUUUGAGGUCCAAACCAACCCAGACGACAACGAAGGAAUGCUGUCAGUGGUCAAGCCUCUGGACUACGAGACCUCGGCGUUCCACACGCUGCUCAUCAGAGUGGAGAACGAGGAUCCUCUGGUUCCCGACAUCGGCUACGGCCCCAGCUCCACAGCGACCGUCCACGUCACAGUGGAGGACAUCAACGAGGGACCCGUCUUCUUCCCGGACCCCCUGGUGGUCACCAGGAUGGAGAACAUCCCAGUGGGGAGCUUCGUGGCGUCACUCAACGCCUCAGACCCAGACGUCCUGGAGACACAGAGCAUCAGAUAUGCGGUUCUGAGCGACCCGGCGGCUUGGCUGAGUGUGAACCCGGUCAGAGGAACCGUCAACACCUCGGCCUUUCUGGACCGGGAGUCUCCGUAUGUCCAGGCCAAUAAAUACACGGCUCUGUUCGUCGCCACAGACAACGGGACGCCGCCGGCCACGGGGACGGGGACGCUCGUCGUCCAUCUGGAAGACUACAACGACAACGCGCCGUUCGUGGUGCCGUCGGUGGCGCAGGUGUGCGAGGACGCCGGCGACAUGAACGUCGCCGUGGUCGCAGGACGGGACAGAGACUUGGCGCCCAAUGGGGCGCCGUUCAAGAUAGAGCUGGGGAAACAACCGGGCCUGGACAAAACAUGGAGGGUCACCAGAAUCAACUCCACUCAUUCCCAGAUCAUGCUCCUGCAGAGUCUGAAGAAAGCCAACUACCAGCUGCCGCUGCUCAUCACGGACUCAGGCAUUCCCCCUCUGUCCAACAGCACAGAGGUCAAAGUUCAGGUGUGCAUCUGUACAAAGACCAAGAGAUACUGCAGCUCCGCCCACUCCCACCGCACUAGCCUUGUUGUGCUGCUGUCCACACUGCUGCUUGUCCGUCUCUGCCUGUAAGUCCUGCUGAAACGUCUCAUUGUCCUUUUCGCACCACUGAGAAGCAACGACGAAUCAGGAGAAGAGGAGGAAAUCUUCUCACCUUGACGAAAUCCAACAAGCAAAUCUCGAAGUUUCUCCCUGGAGCAGCGCCGCCGCCUGUCAGCCAUGUUUGUUUUUAAGUCACUUCCUGUUUCCUGUUGGCCCUCUUCAUUCUUCCUCUCCAUCUUCACCUCUGAUCUUGCGUUCCUGUUCUUUCUUUCCUCUCCCUCUCUCCAUGCAUCAUUGAGGAAUGUAGCGGCGUUGGCAUCGCGCCACAUCCUGAAGGAACAUUAAAACUGAUAUUGAGAGAAAAAGCAGAAACUAAUGAAGCAGAAACCUCCUCUCCCCGUCAUCAUGGCUACCUCUUUUCCCCCAUGAAGACUGCCUGGCUGCAUCCCCCGUCCGUCCGUCCGUCCGUUGACCCGUCCGCCCGCCGCCGGCCCAGCGAACUGAGCAGCCCGUCUGGCGGCGGGUCGCGGCGGUUUGUCUUUGUCUUCUCGUCAGAGCGUGUUUGAUGGUUUAUCUUGUUUCCGUCUCAGAGGGCUGAAGCCUUUUUCUCCGUCUGCAGUCUGUUGGUGGUUGUGGCGUUUUUAGGACGAAGUUGUUGCCAUAAGCCUUCAAAAUAAGAGACUCUGGAGUCGUUUCCUCAUUUUGCUUCUGUUUUUAUCACAUUAGUUAUCACAGAGUGGAAAACUGUAAAUCUUUACAGUCAUGGUGUAAACCUGAAAAAGUACUAUUAAAUAAAUAUUUUUAUUUUUUACCAUUGUGUAAAUAUACAGCAUUGAUUAACUUAUGUAGUUUGAUUGCAAGUCUUUCACAGUAAGUCUGUUUUAAAAGAGGAAACCAUCUUUUCUGUGAAUUUAGAGCCUAUUGUUGUGUUCACUAUUUUACUGUAACAUCUUUGGUUUCUGAUUGUUUUCCUUUUUGAAGUGUGAUUAAUUUGCACAAUCAGGACUGGAGUUUGUUGGACUGUUUGGGUUCGGCUCGUUCUCCCGCCUCUCUGUCCGCCUCUCUGUCCGCCUCUCUGUCCCGUCAGAAGAAGAACAAAGACUCGCUGGAUCCUUUUGCUUUUUAUCUUCGCGCUCAUCGGAGAAACGUAGCGUGUGCUGGAAGACCAACUGAAACAAAAAAGGACAUUUUGAAUGAGUUCUGUCUGUCUUUUGCACUAAUUUAAUAAAGCCGUUACUGAAGUUCCCAUGA